CCGAGGAGUGUACCAAAACCGACUGAGGUUUGGCGUUUCAGCUCAUUUUCCUUCGCUUUGUUUCCUUUUACUCUAACCAAGUGUUUCGCUGCCGUCGAAAUUACUGCACUAAAUAUAUUUUUGUGCCUCCCUUUAGCUCCAGCCAGCGCAAGGAUUUUUUUGUACUCCUCCUUCGUAAUAAAGUCGCCAUUUUGCUUCACUGCCUAUAUAAACCAUCCCGUAUUCUAAUAUUUUUCCUCAAGGAUCCGAGGACCUACCUAUUUUUCCUGGCUAUUUCUUAUAUUUCUGGAGUGUUUAAAGAGAAGACAGGGGUUGAAGAAGUGCCUCGUGGUAUAGCCUACAUAUUAAUGCAGGGAAGGAGGGGGGGCAAAGCAAAAGGAAACUGGGAAUGAGGUGAAAGUAUCCUGGAUUUCUUUUUAUGUACAGACUUAAAUGUCAUUUCUCUUCUCCUCCCCUGCUCCUGUUUUUAUCCACCUCGUCGUCGUCUGCAGAGUGGGGGAGAUUGGACAACCGUGACGACUGUCCACUUCAUUUCUGGCUCCCCAACCUCAGUGUGACCGCUCGUUGACGAACAGCAGGUGUGAUUGCCAUGUAACACAACAUUGGUGGAAAAACGCCCACUUCGGUGUCUGUCUCCUGACCCCCUCCUCCCUCACGUGGGUGACCCGGGGCCACCCGGCCCCUAGUGCUGGGUGACUGCCCGACACUUCAGGCAUGGAGAGCCCAAGUGGCCCCAGGCUUGGGAAGCUGUCCUCAGCAGGGCUGCCAAGGGGCCGGACCCCAAAGCAUGGACAUCCCCAGGAGCCUGUCAGAACUAUGCCAGGCCCUGAAAACAACAAGAAACACAGUCCAGUGUGUGAUGAGCCAGCAGAGGGGAAGAGGAAAGGUCGCCCUAAAGCAGAAGUGCAGGAACUGAGGAGCAUCCCUGCCCAUAUGAUAGUACAAUGGAAGGAAGAGUUUAAGCGCCGCUCCAGGGUUAAGUGUCCGUGUUCAGGCUGCUGGUUAGAGUUUCCCAGCAUCUAUGGCGUCAAGUACCACUAUCAACGCUGCCAGGGGGCUACCGUAGCAGAGAAGCUGAGUCACGGCUGUCCCUACUGUGAGGCAGUGUUUGCCACCAAGGUGCGCCUGCAGAAGCACAAGCUGUGGAACCACCCUGACAGGGUUAGUAUGGAGCCCAAGGACGAGCAGACCAAGCUCCAGAAAACCCUCGUGAAGACCAACACAAAGAAAAGGCCAAUGGAGAACAGUCCACCCUCUCCGAUGUUCUUCAAAGUGAAAAAGACCCACGAGGUGUCCACGCCCUCUCAGAACGGGGAGAUGGCCCACCAGAAGAGUGAGAGGAAACAGCACAGCCAGCCUUCCCAGCAGAUUCACCAGCCGGUCCAACCUCAGUCCCAGCAGUCCCACAGCACGUCGUCGGAUGCCGAGGGCAGCGAAAGCGAAGGGGACAGCCUUCCCGCUUCAUUCCCCGACGAAGACCCAGAGCGAAUGAGGCACAGACGGAAGCAGAAAACGCCUAAGAAAUUCACUGGAGAGCAGCCUUCGAUAUCUGGGACAUUUGGAUUGAAAGGCAUGACUAAGGUGGAGGAGAAGCUGAAGGCGGGCCGUGUGAAGAAAUCCGAGGGGAGUGGGUUCAGUGAAGAGCCCCAAAGAAGACCUACUUCAAGUCAGUCGUCCAAGAAAGAUCCAGCUACAACCAGCUCGGGUGCGGACACACAAUGGCAGCGAGCAAUCCACGACCGAGGUGAAGUGGUGUGUCCUACCUGCUCCAUCGUCACCAGGAAAACAAUCCACGGCCUCAAGAAACACAUGGAGAUCUGUCAGAAGCUCCAGGAUGCUCUGAAGUGCCAGCAGUGUCACAAACAGUUCAGGUCUAAGGCCGGGCUCAACUACCACACCAUGGCUGAACACAGCACCAAGCCCUCGGGGAGCGAAGGCCAGACGGGCGACGAGCUUGAGGAGAGAGAAAGGCUGCGCCGAGUGCUCAAACAGAUGGGACGAAUCAAGUGUCCUAGUGAGGGCUGCUCAGCCCACUUUUCCAACCUGAUGGGCUACCAGUACCACCAGAAACGCUGUGGAAGCGAGUUCUCUGACAAUGAGAAGCCUGUGUUUCUGUGCCAGCACUGUGGAAAAACCUACCGCUCCAAGGCCGGCAGAGACUACCAUGUGCGCACCGAUCACCCCCCAACCAUCACCACCACCACGACAGCAACCAACAACAAUAACGGCAAGGACUUUAUCACCGACACCAACAACAACACUGGAAAAGAUAAGGUUGUUUCUGAGGAGUCUCCAUCAUUAGGCCACAAGGUGCAAAGCCCGCCUGAGAAAGCACCGUCGGGCCACUCUAAGGAGAAGGAGAGAGAAGCCAGGGACAAGGACAGGGAAAAGGAGAAAGAGAGGGCGCAAGUCAAAGAAAAAGUAGCACCGACUGCGAGCCAGGGGGAUGACUUUGAUCGGACACCCAGUGGCAGAGUGAGGCGCCGCUCAGCUCAGGUGGCGGUGUUCCACCUGCAGGAGAUAGCCGAGGAUGAGCUGGCCAAAGACUGGGGCACCAAGCGCCGCAUCAAGGAUGACCUGGUGCCCGACAGCAAAAGGUUAAAUUACACCCGUCCUGGCCUCCCCAACUUCAGCCAAGAGCUGUUAGAGACCUGGAAGAACCAAGUCAAGGAGAAGGGCUUCAUCUGCUGUCCCAACGAGAACUGUGAAGCUGUCUAUUCCAGUGUAUCGGGACUAAAAGCCCACCUUGCCAACUGCAGCCAGGGAGGAGGAGAACUUGGAAAGUACACCUGUCUGAUCUGUCAGAAGGAGUUUAGCUCAGAGAGCGGUGUGAAGUACCAUAUCAGCAAGACACACUCACAGAACUGGUUUCGUGCAGCAGUCAGUCAAGUGGUCUCUACUACGAAGAGCAAAGCACCAGAGGACAAUGGGAUAAAGGCUGAGGUGAGGAACGGUGCCACGGCUGGUAAGAAGAGGGGCCGCAAACCCAAAGAGCGCCCCCCCGUGGUUGCACAUCUCCAAACAAAAACUGAAGCGCCUACCAUUACUCAAAACUCAACCCCUGCUGUGACCCCUUCACAGUCCCCCUCCUUGCUCCCCGAGCCAACGGACAGUGCUAACCCAGGCCAAAACAGACAGCCCAUCCCCUCCAGCGCCAGACGAAGCAAACCGUAAAGGCUGUUGUUGUCAGAGUAGCUCUGCUUUUGUCCACCCAGGAGCCAGAGAGGAGUCUCACUGUAAAUGUUGUGCCAGGAAGCUAAAAGACCUUUCUAACUCCACAAGGACUGGGCACCGAGAAGAAAGUAAAAUCAACCCUUAAGAAGUAAAACAUUUAGUACAGACUUUUUGAAAUCCCAGCGUAAAUGUGUCUACUGUGAUAAACAAUGCUCAUGUAACAGUAGGGUUUUAAUUCUCCAUUCCACUUUUGUCUCCUUUUGAAUACCCAUAUUUCAGUUUCUGUACUCACUGCAGGGGUGUCAGUAGUAUUUCAAAAUAAAAUCCUGACUUCUACAUGGUUAGCAUUUUCUAAACAGAGGUAGUAUUCCAAACAGAUGCAGAGUAAUCCUCUCUACAAUAUCAAUGUUGUGUUUGAGAGGUUUUAAAAGGAUAUUCUAUUAGCAUGGUGAAGUCAUUUAAUGAUAGCUAGUGUUUUCACAUUUUUUCCACAGAUAUACUGUACUGUGUACAUAAACAAUAUCUAUAUCUAUAUAUCUAUAUACUCAAAGCAAUGAUGCCAUCUGUCAUUUUAUAGCCUGACACGUCCAAGUAGAUCAUGAGCAGUCAGAAUCUUUGCAGUGUGUGCUGUAGUGCAAUGUUGUUUUUACAUUAUGUUUUCCUUGCUUGUUUCUUUGUGUUUUUUUUUACUUUUUAUUAUUUGAGUAAGCAAAUGUCUCAUAAGCUAAAAUAUUGGUCAGUUGUUUAACAUCUCACUUCAGUGACAUUAACUUUUUAUUUUAUCUGACUUUAGGACAUUAUGGUGAAAGGUAUCUACUUAGACAACCUUAAUUAGGUGAUCAUUUCUCUACUUCUUUUACACUGAAAUUAAUUAGAAGAAUAACCCAAAAGGUGAUUGUUUGAGAUUUUCCAUUUCUAAGGUAUAUGUUAAUAAUUAAUAUGGCAUUGUUUAAUCGAUUUUAAACAAAAAAAACUUGAAGCAUAUGUCUAAAAUAGGACUGGCAAAGCUUAAUGUUGGACCGAGGGAGGAACUUUGUGUGAAGCUUGUUGCACCAUUGCAGCACAAUCAAAUGAUGUGACACCAUUUUAAAGGAGGCCGUAUUUUGGCUACUGCUUUAGCUUGAAUCAAAGAGCUGAGGAGAGAAUACAAAUAUCUUUUAUAGAGGUUGAGAGGUUUAAAAUAAUCUUUUAUUAAACAGAAACAUUGCAAAUGAAGAUUCACCUUUAAUGAUGUGUAUGAAUUAGUUCCUGGAUGCUCAAAGUUAUUGCCUUGCACUUUAACCCUUAAACCCCUCUCGCUCCCGUCUUGUAUUUUUGCACUCCAGGAGUAUUCAACCUUAACCUAGUGGCUCUCAGGCACAGGAGCGGGAAUAUUUAACUCUGAUGAAAAAGCUACAGAAAACUAAAUUUGUCUUUACAUGGGUAAUAAGCAGCAUGGUUAACUCUUUCUAGAUAGAAUCUGUAAUCUAACACAACCGUAUAAUUAUGACUCACAAUACAAAGCCAUAACAGGUCAUGGCUGCUUAACAGUAUAAAGUAAGUUUAGUUUAAGAUUAAAAAAAUAAUAAUUCCUAAUUAUUAAAUACAAAAUGUGUGCAAUCAAAGAAUAUUUUCACUGUAACAUCUCUAAAGUUAAUACUUGAAUCCACAGUUUUAUUAAAGAUUUGAACAAAUUAAAACUCCAUAAAUAUGUGAUUUAUAUUUGGAGUUUGUGUCCAUACAAAUAAUGACUUGCUUGUUUAAAAAAAAAUACAGAUUGUAAAUCUAUUUUAUAUUCUCUUGUGUGUAUAACCCGUAUAGCAAUCUGAUAGCUUUGGAUACAGUUGUGACGUGGGGAUAUUCUGGUAAGAUAACAGGGGUGCUUUACUUGCCACUCGACCUUAAGGACCUAAACUCAGUAAGUCCACUCAUCCAUCCUGCCACUCUCUCCUCAUUGGCAAGUCAUGAGAAUGUUGCACCAACAAAUGUCAAUGUCAUCAUUUAAAUGGAGCACUGAUGUCAGCCAAACAUUUCCAAGAAUCAUUAAAUUUGAAAUAAAUGUGUCCCAGGUGGUGUCAUCCCUAUGCCGUGACCUUUUCUAUUAUAAAGCAAAGAUUUGAGCUGAAUUCCUCCACUUUUAAUCAGCUGAUGGAGUUUGUUCAGGUGGGGAUGAUUAUGCAUGUGUCUGUCUCUGGUAAUGGGAUGGACCUUUAUCUUCUAUCCAGGUUCAGCAGACGGAGAGGAUAAGUUAGACAAGCACUGAUGGGUCUUUGGACCUUUUCGAUAUGAGUUAUCCUGACCUUGUGUGUGAGCGUGUGUGUGUGUAUGUGAGCCGUGUGUAUGUGUGUUUGUACAAAACAGUUAGCACCUUUGUAAAGACUGGAUGUCAGAAAUGGUAACACUUUUUGUUGAGUUUAAUGCUGUGGCACAGAAUCAGUUCAUCAGCUGCUUGUUACUCGUGUCAUUAAUGACGUCACAUUGACUGUGUUUACCUGACAAGCUUUGGUGUUGCAAUAUGAUAGUUAGGCACUGCUUUUAACAGUGGGUAUUUUAUAUUUUAUCUCACCCUUUACUAUCUGUCUUCCUAUGAUGUGGAACACACAUAUCUAUCCCGCAGUGUAAGCUAACUGCAACAUCUUUAGAGAGUACAGCAAUACACCAUAUUUAGCUGGUUUUGUUGGCUUGCUGAUAUUUUGAUAUUGAUGUGUCUUCUCAAAAUUGUAUGGCUUUUUUCACUUCCCCUACUUUUAUUUGUUUGCUUUUUAAGUAUAAUUAACUCUUUAAAAAAAGGGUGAAAAGAUUUGUAGACCACAAAGGACAUUGUAGGCCCAUGUGUCGGCAUACACUGUUAUUUUAUCCAUUUUGAUGAUGCACAUAAAUUGAUCUUUUUCAGUACACAUUGACAACACAUUGAGCGAGUCCUUUAUUCUUAUUAUUAUUGUUAUCUAUUCAAUAUGGGACAAAAAGGCAUAUGUAUGUGUGUUUGUUUCUGUAUUUAGUGCACUUACUAUACCAUGAAAUAGGCUUGAAAUAGGAGUGUUGUUGGAGCUUUCUAGUUACCCUGACUGUGUGUGGUGUGACUUUUGUACCUGGGAAAACAGCAGGCUCAAGUGUCUUCCCUUAGUCAGCAAUGUUAUUUCCAAAACCAAGGUUAAUCCACAAACAUCCGCUUAGAAAGCCUGAGAAUUUUACCCUUUUAUUUGGAAAACUGGUUUGUUUCUAUACAACCUUGUUCAAAAGCAGGAAAAGGCAUCCACGCCUGUUGUCAGGGCCAUUGUGACGAAACUGUUGAGAGUUUUAAGAGAUGAUGUUGUAGCUCAUAAAUGGUUAUGAUAUAAAGGUAACAGGUGACAUGAGAUUAAUGAUGUAUUAAAGAUUUCCAUAUCUGAAAUUGAGCUGUAUAGAUCCUAACAUAGGAGGCAUCAACACCUCCUUUGAGUCUGAACUGUUACAAUUUUUCUCCCAAACUUGUUGUAUUACCUGUGCAUUAAUAUCCCUCGACUGAUUAAUAAAAGUUUGUUGACUAAAA